CUCUGCCGAACGCGACACGGCGACGCCGAACUCUGGGCCUAUUUCAUCGCGAGACAUGCCGGGAGUCUGCUUUCCCGCCGAUACCGAGGGCGUGCGCUCCACGUCUGCCUUUGGAAAGGAGGUCUUCAGUGCCGUCGCUGCUGCUCUGGGCGACGAGCCGCUCGCACAGGCCAUCGUGAGCGAGAAGGACUGGCGCCACACGUACAACGCGCACAUGCUCAAGGUAUUCGAGGCGCAGCUUCGGGCGGAUCCGGCAGUGGCUUUGGCCUCGCUAAAGAAAGGUCUGGAGAAGGCGACGGCCAUGGACUUUGAGCCCAAGGACGGCACGCCUGCUGUGCCUCUUGCUGUGGCUGGGUCCAUUGACGUCAAGCCUUUCGGAACUUGGGCAAUCCACGGCACUGGCAACGCACUGAAGACGAUCUCCGUGCCGUACAACGGCAGCGUCCUUUCAGGCGCGUCGCUCAGCUUCCAGCUCGACAAGUGGGUGCGUCGAGGCACGAUGGAGGCGGACUGUGCCGAAGCCAUCAAGGAGGGCGUCCGGCUCGACACGUUCAAGGGGCGCACCUUCAUUCUGAUCGGAGCGGGCUCGGAGCUCGGUCCGCUGCGCCCGCUGCUGCUCGCCGGCGCGACCGUCGCUGCCGUCGCCACGCGCAAGCCGCUCAGCGGCGCGGCGGGCAGCGCGGCCGCGGAGCCGACGUACGUGCACGACGCCUACUCGAUGACGCAGGGGCCAAAUUACGCGCUCGCGCAGCACAUGCGCCAGUGGCGCGCGAUGCUCGCGUACACUGAGGGCUACGCCGUCUCCGCGCCGAUGGCGCCGGCCGCACGGACCGCGUCCAUGCUGCAUGUGCACACCGUCGCGACGGCGCUCGACGGGUUCGGGUAUUUCCGACCCCUCGAGGCCUUCGAGCCAGACUGUCUGCGCGCGUGCCUGGCGGCGCUACUCGCCGUGGAGCUCUCGACGCCGAUGCCGGCGCUGCCCUCGCCCUUCCACCUCUUCACUCGCCAUGGCUUCCACGGCGGCUUCUGGCGUUUCCCGUACUCCUCCGACAGCAUCGGCUCUUCGGCCUACGUCCUCGGCAUGGUGCGCCCUUGGCGGAAGGAGGCAUGAGUUGGGCGGGACGGGAGCAGGGUUGCGCAUGUAGUCAAUUAGCACCACGGCCCAGUGGGGAUUUUGGCCUCCUCAGUGAUCGUCUGGGCGAAUCCUAAAUGGCAUGCAAAAUGCCAAUACGUCUCGUUUUUUGUGCGCUAACUUGUAGAGCACCUUGAAAAACUAGUAUGUCUUG